AUGGCAGUGCUUCGUCCACCAAUCGCUCUUACGGCUGCUUCCAAUGUUCCAAGCGCCGUAUCACCUGUGACAAUACACUGCCAACGUGCAAAAAGUGUCAAAAGAAAGGCAUGCAAUGUUCUGGUCCGAGUCGGAUUCGAUUUUCUACGGGUGUCACCCAACGAGGUCGACCCAUUGCCAGGGCCAGCGCUUCAAGGCCCUGAACAGGCUACGCCGCUUAUACCGUGUACAAUCAGGUGGAAGAACGACCAGCCAGUGCGUUCCAGACGAAAAUCUACAAAACGCGCAGCGCAAGCAAAUGCGACUGGUUCAAGCACGCGUGUAGCAGCAGACAUCCCUACAUCGCGGAACCAGGGCGCGAUACCCGCUGAAAUAUUUGACCCGCAUCAAGAUGACUCCAAGGACAUCGAUCAGUAUUUCGAUCGCCCUUCGAAUCGGGCACUUCUCCCUGCGACUGGGUCAAUUAGCCCGUGGCUUGCUCUUCUGGAUUCUCACAACGGCAUGCUUAUGUCGCAUUCAAAUGCAGAGCAAGUCGCUCCUGUACUGGUUGUCCUAGACCAAGUCUCUCAUGGUUAUCGCGACGUUUUACUGCCCCUAGCAUGUGAGGAUGGACUCGUGCAGCGCGCCGUCAGCGUAGUAGCAACGCAGCAUUUGGCCUUGUACAGCCCUUUUUACCAAUCUAUUGCGGAUCGAGGCCGAGCUGUAUUGAUAUCUCGAUUGGGCCAAGACUCAACAUCUCCAGAUCGUGUGUUCACUACCUCCACAUGGGCAACUCGGAUCAUUCUGCUCGUUGGAGAGACUAUCACAGGCAGCUCAGAAUACGGCCACCUUCUACAGACACUGAUGUAA